AUGCGCAACGAUUCGCAAGUCUUCGAAGCGCCCGUUAGCGCCAGCAGAGACAUCAUCUCUGGCUCCAACAAGGCCAAAUACGACCUCGCUUCCAGCAAGAACCUUUCGAAAAAGUCUCGCAGGCCCUUCAAGCGUACUCCUCCCCCCCAAUCUGCAGCCUCCCUCAAGUUCUUCUCGACUCCUGAGCUGUGCGAGAAAGCCCUCCACUACCUUCAACCGUGGCACCUCAUCAACGCCAAACAAGUCUCCCACGAAAUCAACAACACAAUCAUCGGGUCGAUCAAGCUGCAGCGGGCACUGUUUCGCAAACCGGACCAUCGUCUCGUCACUGGCCAAGCAGUAGAGCGUGACAUACCUGAACGCAAUGUCUCUACCCGCGAGUUGAAAGCUAUCCGGGCUGCCCGCUCAAUCCAUCCAGGACCGCUGCUCAGGGCCAAUCCGUGGCUGUUCCUCUCCGCGCGGGGCGUGCGCCCAGCUCAACUCCUGUGCAUUUCCAACCUGUUGCGCGAACUCAUCCGCAAUGGGACCACGGUCGAGCCAUUUCUGGGAAACAUGUUCAUCACCCAGCCUCCAAUCGAGCAUGUUGAGGUGGAGUGCUACUAUCGUCCUCGUGGUCGGCCGGGAGAUGGAUCGGCUACAAGUCACUGGAAGUGUGUUGUUCCGGGAGGGAUUAAAGUCGAGAAUUUGGUGGAGCACAUUCAGAGGAAGCUGCGAGCGUCGGCGGAGGGACUGGAAAAGAUCAUGGAUAGUCCGACGGCGCAUAUUAUCACUAUCGGGCUGAGAGAUGGGUUUCAACGUAUUCCUCUUAGCAAGGAGACCAAACAAGUUGGCGCUGUCUCCGAAACGACACUUUCCAAACUUGUACGAAUGUCUGCGAUCAAUCUCUACCAACCGCACAAGAUGUGUCUCAGUUCACCGAUCCAUGCGCCAGAAGACACGGCCGAUAUGCGCAAAAGUCCAUGCGCUGCGCAGACCUGCAGCAACGAGACUGCACCGGCUGUUAUCGAUCCGAAGAAGGACAAUUCCGACUGCGACUCCAACAUUAAGAACGACCAUGGUAACGAACUGGAACCUGUCCCCCCAUCCGCACAAUCCGCCGCCUCCCUCGACUUCUUCUCAACCCCGGAACUCCUCGAAAUGGCUCUUCUUCUCCUCCCACCUCACGAUAUCCUCUCCGCAACGCGCAUCUCCGUCCAGACCAACAAGACGAUCGCUGGUUCCUCGAAACUGCAGCGCGCUCUGUUCCGCAAAGCUGAUCAUAGUCCUAUCGUCGGAACGGCAGUCGUGCGCCCAAAUCCGCUAGCCGCCUUUCUCGCUCCCUUUCUUUCCGACCCACAACAGGACAACGCACCCGUUGCUGUUCACGACGGGCUUCUGCUGCAUCCAAACCCAUUCGUCUUCGGUCCCACAGACGGCCUCCCCUUCAUCGGACAGUUUCGCCUCACCGGCUUCAUGGUCGACACGACCAACUCAGGCGUGAGAGUUCAGCCGUCGCUGGGGGAUAUGUACAUUUCUCGGCCUCCAAUCAGUCGCAUCAGCGUGGAGCCACGAAGCAUGGGAGCGGUCAGGAAACAGUGGGAGCUACAUGUCAAAGGAGGUGUCAAAGUCAAGCACCUGGUGCAGUUCGCUCGACUUGUUAGAGGAGGCGUGGAGGAUGGGAAGUGGCCGGGAUGGAAGAAGGUGGCUUUGCAGUUGGGAGAUGGGCGGCUGCGUGAGGAACACCUUCGCCAGAGAGCCGAGGUUGGGUCUGACAGCGUUGUACAGCUUCUUCAUGUGCAGGCAGAGAUAGAGGAGCUGAUUGUCGUCGCAGCUGCAAGCCGUUCCGGUAACUGUGCGGAGGUCUGGUUUGUAGAAGAGAGCGAUCUGAAGCUUGCUCGAACCUUGGAUCGUGUUCUCGACGUCCUUGAAGACCUGAGCGGCCUGGAGAAUGCUCUUUGGGUGGCGGAGGAAGAGGAGCAUGCGCUCGCACAGCUCUGGCGUGGCGAAGAACUUCGAGAGCGCGGGAGGGCGGGAAGCGGAGCCCUGAAGGCGGUAUCUACGAUCACACCGACAAUGACAGCACAGAAGAUCAUCGCCGGGUUACGCACCAUUCCACCGGAAGCGUCGUUCGUCAACGACCACGAAGCCAUCAUGACUCCGUCAGCAAUGGACAACAAUGCGCCAGUCCAACCGACCGCAGCGGCCAGAUUCUUCGAGACGCCAGAGAUGUGCGAGCGCAUGCUCCUGUACCUCGAACCUAUGGAUGUGCUCCACGCUCAGCAGGCUUCGGUCAUUAUCAACAACACCAUCCGCGGCUCGGUCAAGCUUCAGCGCGCUCUCUUCUACAGUCCCGACCAGGAAAUCACAGCCGACCAUCAAACCCUUCGCAGAUUCACGUACGUGUUUCGUCCCAACAAUGGAGAACGCGUCGACGUGGUCGAUGAGUCCAAGCGCCUUCCACGUGCCAAUCCAUUCAUCUUCGAGAAGCCGGAUGUCCUACAGUUUCAGCCGGAGACUUUCCACUUGCAACCACGCAUCGAGAGGGUCAUCGACUCUUCAUCUUCAGACCUGCAGUCGCUUGCAGGAAUGUUCCUCACCCAGCCGCCUGUUACAAGCAUUCAGGUUGAGUGCCGUUUCUUUCACGCAUCACCCUUGGGCUUGAAGUUGGCUCGCGAAUGGCCACUGUACGUUGCGGACGGUAUCAAGGUCGAAGAUCUCGUUGCAUGCGCGCGAGAGGCAUUGGCAAAGCAUUAUGCUGAGACGCCAUGGACGAAGGAUGUUUGGCAUACGGUGAAUGUCAAGGUGGGAGACCCAGACGAUGACGACAAGUGUUAUUGGCGAGUUGUCGGUGGCCGGUGA